AUGGUUGCAGGCGCCGGCCUGGAAAUGACGGCCAGUGGAGGAGGGCCCAGGGAGGAGGGCGAGGAGGAGGAGGACGAGGAGGAGGAGGACGAGGAGGAGGAGGACGGGCUCGGGGCGGGAGCACGGACACGCUGGGGUCCGCCGGCAGGGACGAGCGUGCACGGAGUAGGAGAAUUGUGUUCCAUCUAUUAG